AUGUUGGCACAUGAAUGGGACAAAAGACCGGAUUGUAAAGACAUUUUAGACAAAUUUAACAAGUCACAAAUAGGGAUUGGUGCUUUUGGGACGGUGCUUAAAGUUAGAAAUAAAAAAGACCACAAUAUAUACGCUAUUAAAAUACAAAAACUUAAUGAAUACCAAAAGUCUAAUGCAACUAAAGAGGGAAAUAAUUUAUUAAGAGUUCAGUCGGAAUAUGUGGUCAAGUAUUACGACUCAUGGCGUGAAGGGAACUGUAUUUAUAUUCAAAUGGAGUUAUGUUCACAAAGUCUUCGAGAUAUUUUAGAAAUCAAACCACAAGUAUUUGGUCGACAAAUAGGACAUCCCAUGGAUUGCGUCGAGUAUUUCAUUUCGUGUGAAAUAUUUCGACAGAUUUUAGAAAGUGUUCAGUAUUUGCAUGAAUAUAAUCCACAGAUCAUUCAUAGAGACCUCAAACCCGAAAAUAUAUUGAUCAAGAGUUCUGUAAGGAACGGUAGAUUUUUUAAGUUAUGUGACUUUGGUUUAGCUACAAUUCAUGAGAAACGUAUUAACUACAAGACUACACACAAACAUACAUCAGAUAUAGGUGACUUAAGAUAUCAAGCACCCGAAGUAGGACGGGGUAAAAAAUAUGGUCAUACAUCUGAUAUUUAUAGUUUGGCCCUAAUUGGUGACGAGCUAUUUGAUUUUAUGAUAUUUAAUUUUACCCAGGACAACUGA